AUGGCGCCUUACUUCGGCCUUCGCGGGACCGCGCUCAGUCGGGCAAUUAUCUGGCUGGUCGUGUGCCCGGCAUUCCUCACAUAUGGAUACAACCAGGGCGUAAUGGGCGGCCUAUUAACCCUCAAGUCGUUUGCUGUGACCUUCCCUGAGAUGAACACUCUUACCACCCACGGGGCGCAGAAACACUACAAUUCGAACAUCCAGGGAACCGUGGUCGCAUUGUACGCAGUCGGAGGAAUCUUCGGUUCUCUCGCGUGCAUUCAUCUGGGUGAUGUGCUAGGACGGCGGCGAAUCAUCUUCAUUACCUCCGGUAUUUCCAUCAUCGGCGCUGUCUUGAUGGCUAUUUCUUUCUCAAUGGCCCAGUUUAUCGUGGCACGGUUGGUUCUCGGGUAUGUCUCUUCUCACUUCCAGCCAGGACCUCUCUCUUGCGGCUCUCCUGCGUCUUUUGCGUUUUCCCUAAUCAAGAUUUCCAGAUUUGGCACUGGAGGUUACGUGGCGACAGUACCCGUAUGGCAAGCAGAGAUCUCGAAGGCGACAAAACGUGGCGCCCACGUCGUCACGGAUGGAAUUUUCAUCGGCGCGGGUAUUGCAAUCUCUCUCUGGAUCGACUUUGGCUUCUACUUUGUCAAGGGAAAUUCGGUCUCGUGGAGGUUUCCCCUGGCUUUGCAAAUCUUGUUGUCUUUGAUGGUUAUGAUCUUCAUCAUGAUCUUCCCUGAAUCUCCCCGUUGGCUGGUCAAGAAAGGCCGCGUGCCAGAGGCUCGGCAGAUCCUGGCUGCCCUGGCAGACGACGAGCCAAUGUCUUCGCAGAUAACCGACGAAAUCCGGGAUAUCGAGACUUCACUUGCCCUUUCCGGAUCCGGAUCGUUUAAGGAUUUGACCAAGAUGGGCGAACAGCGAUUGUUCCACCGUACUGUUCUCGCUGCCCUGGGUCAGACAUUCCAGCAGAUCUGCGGAAUCAAUCUGAUCACUAUCUAUGCGACCACGAUUUUCCAACAAUAUCUCGGUCUAGAUGCGUUGCAAUCGCGUAUUUUGGCAGCCUCAAUGGUUCUGACACAGCCACUAGGCGGUUUCCUGGCCUUCUUUACUAUUGAUCGAUUAGGACGGCGGCCGCUGAUGCUGUGGAGUGCCGGUGGCAUGGCCGCCUCGAUGGCAAUCCUCGCGGGUACUACAUCAGUCCCCUCCAAUACCGGCGCCGUGAUCGUUGCUGUUGUCUUCUUGUUUGUCUUCGAAUUUAUUUUCACAGUUGGAUAUUCGGGCCUGACCUUCCUAUACGCAACAGAAGUGGCACCUCUGCAGUUGAGAGCGGCCAUCAGCGCCGUCUCGACCGGUGCAGUUUGGAUAUUCAACUUCUUGUUGGCAGAAGUAACACCGGUCGGGUUUGACUCGAUUCAGUGGCGGUACUAUAUUAUCUUCGCUGUGAUUAAUGCCGCAAUUGUGCCGAUUGUCUACUUCUUCUUUCCGGAAACCAAUGGUCGUUCACUCGAGGAGAUCGAUGAAAUCUUCCUACAGUCUCGUUCUAUUUUCGACCCGCCUCGUCUGGCGCGCACCCUGCCGAAGAUGCACGUUGCGGAUAACCGCGGCGUGGAUUUUGACAUGACCAAAGGUGGGGAGAGCGAUUAUGAUGAGACAAAAGAAGCAGCGAAGGUCCAAGCAGGAUAG